UAGUGGAAUGGAUCGGUCGUCCUCGUUGAAGACAAUUCAGACUGCUGGCAGCACUGCGAUCAAUUGUCAUAGAAUGACAAUAUAUCAAAUGUAUCGCCCACAUCUCGUCUAUAAAAAUAUUGUUAACAGAAGAAACCAAAGAGUAAAAUAACUUGCCUAUAGAAGAAACUUUUCACACUUUAAUGAUCUUUUUUUGAAAGUAACAUGAUCGAAUAGUAUCUUUCAUAAUUUUCUUACAUUUCCAUCAAAGUUGAGAGUUUAAUAAUGAACUUUUUAAGAUCACUUGUUUCACAUGUUCACCGACCUAUAUUAAAAAGGAAUCUUAACCAUAAAAUUGUUUUUCAAAAACACAGAGUAAUAUCACGAUCUUAUGUAUCACAAACAGAAGCGGAAGAUGAAAUGGAAAAAUAUGUGUCUCAACUUUGUAAAGGCGACAAAGAUCUCGAAAAGAAAUUUAGGGUAUUAAUGCUUGAAGUGGAAGUAAUGCGUCAAGAUGGACGGUUUGCUCCUGACCAUAUCCAAUUUGACCAAUGGAAACACUUGUUAGAACUCCCUAGCAGAAACCAAAGAACAAAUUAUCUUACAUUUCUUUGGAAAAUUGAGAGGAAAAAGGAAAACCAAAAAGCUAAAAAGGAAGCAAGAAAAAUGGAAUUCGAAAACUCUUCCCCAGAGGAUAAUAAGGAGUAUCCUGAUGAUCUUUUAUACGGCAUUCAAUACCAAUCUUUGUUCCUUCGUAUCCGCGACCAGUCAAUUAAUGGUUUUGAUAAUUAUAGAGCACUUCAAGCAAUGAUGUAUGGGCAAUCAGUUGUUAUCGAUUGUUCGUAUGAAGAACAUAUGGUAUGGAGAGAAACCAUAAAUGCUGCAAAACAAAUGACCUUUCUAUUUGGUGACAAUAGAAUACAUAAAGAUCCAUUUAACUUACACAUGUGCAAUGUUAAUAUGCAAGGUGAAUUUAUGAAACAGUUGAAGAAAAAUAUACCCUCUAUAUGUGAACCAUGGUUUCCAAUAAACAUUCACACUUCAAGUUAUUUAGAUUUAUUUCCUAAAGAUAAGCUUGUAUAUCUUACACCUCAUUGUCGUGAUGAACUUACAACUUUUGACCCUGAUAGCAUUUACAUUAUUGGCUGCAUGGUUGAUAAGAUUAAUAAUGAACCCCUAUCACUGGCCAAAGCUAAAAGAGACGGUAUUAAAAUGGCAAAGUUACCUCUUGACAGAUAUUUAGAAUGGGCUCCAGGGUCAAAGAAAAACCUAAAUAUAAAUCACAUGGUACCCAUUCUGCUGGAUUUAAGAUUGACUGGUGAUUGGGAAUUUGCUUUAAGACAUAUUCCGAGAAGAAAACUUAUGGCAACGAAAAUAAUGGCAAUGCAAAGGAUGUUAAAAGAUACUACUUUAGGAAGAGAAGAUAUAUUUAAAAAAUUCCAAACAGUUCGUAAAAAUAAUUUUUUAACCCGUGAUGAAAAAAAAUUUAAAUCAAAAAGGACAUUAUAUGAUGAUGACAAUAUUUAAAUAAAUAUAACAGCAUUUAAUUUGUAGUCUUUAUUCCAUAUUUUUAUAUUUUAGUCUUAAAAUUGUAUAUAGUUUAUGAUAAAGAAUUUUUAUAAUUCAUUUUCUUAGGUAUUAACAAGUCUAAUUUUGUACAAUAUACAAAAAAUACAUAAAACACAA